UCAUCUAAACGCCACAACAUCCAAGAUGGCGGCGUCCGUACGCGAGAAGCAGACAGUGGCUCUGAGGCGCAUGUUGAACUUCAACGCUCCUCCUGUGAAGAACGCCACGGCCGAGCCAGUAUGGAAGGUGUUGAUCUACGACCGUUUUGGUCAGGAUAUCAUCUCGCCGCUGCUGUCCGUCAAAGAGCUCAGAGACAUGGGCAUCACGCUGCACCUGUUGCUUCACUCCGACAGAGAUCCGAUUCCCGACGUGCCGGCCGUCUACUUCAUCAUGCCCUCGGAGGAGAACGUCGACAGGAUCUGUCAGGACCUGAGGAGCCAGCUGUACGAGUCCUACUACCUGAAUUUCAUCUCGGCCAUCAGUCGAAGCAAACUGGAGGACGUCGCCGGCGCCGCGCUGGCCGCCAACGCCGUCGGCCAAAUCGCCAAGGUGUACGACCAGUACCUGAACUUCAUCACGCUGGAGGACGACAUGUUCAUCCUGUGCCAUCAAAACAAGGAGCUCAUCUCCUACCACGCCAUCAACCGAGGAGACGUCCAGGACACCGACAUGGAGGCCAUCAUGGACACCAUAGUGGACAGUCUCUUCUGCUUCUUCGUCACGCUGGGCGCCGUGCCCAUCAUCCGAUGUCCCCGCGGCAACGCGGCCGAGAUGGUCGCAGUGAAGUUGGACAAGAAGCUGCGCGAGAACCUGCGCGACGCCAGGAACAGCCUCUUCACGGGAGAUAACAUGGCCGCCGGGCAGUUCAGCUUCCAGAGGCCCCUCUUCGUGCUGGCCGACCGCAACGUGGACAUGGCCACGCCCCUUCACCACACCUGGACCUAUCAGGCGCUCAUCCACGACGUGAUGGACUUGCACCUCAACAGGGUAAUGCUGGAGGAGGGCGCGGGCGCCGAGGCGUCCCCCGCCGGCGCCAGACCCAAGAAGAAGAGCAGGCGGACGUACGACCUGACGGCCGCCGACAGGUUCUGGCAGAGGCACAAGGGCAGUCCGUUCCCGGAGGUGGCCGAGUCGGUUCAGGAGGAGCUGGACGCGUACCGGGCGCAGGAGGACGAGGUCAAACGUCUCAAAAGCAUCAUGGGCCUGGAGGGCGAGGACGAGGGCGCCAUCAGCAUGUUGUCGGACAACACCGCCAAGCUCACCUCGGCCGUCAGUUCUCUGCCUGAGCUGCUGGAGAAGAAACGUCUGAUUGACCUGCACACCAACGUGGCCACGGCCGUGCUGGACCACAUCAAGACUCGAAAACUGGAUGUUUAUUUUGAGUAUGAAGAAAAACUGAUGAGCAAGUCGACUUUGGACAAAUCGCUGCUGGACGUCGUCAGCGACCCGGACGCGGGGACUCCCGAAGACAAGAUGCGACUCUUCCUCAUCUUCUACAUCACAGCUCAGCAGCCUCCUUCGGAGUCGGACUUGGAGCAGUAUAAAACGGCUCUGCUGGACGCUGGCUGUGACCUGUCGCCCCUCAGCUACAUCAAACAGUGGAAGGCCUUCACCAAGAUGGCCGGCGCUCCCGCCAACUACGGCAACAGUGGAGUGAAGCCCAUGGGGCUGUUUUCGCGAGUGAUGAAUAGCGGCUCUCAGCUGGUGAUGGAGGGAGUCAAGAACUUGGUGCUCAAGCAGCACAACCUUCCAGUUACUCGAAUUCUCGACAACCUGAUGGAGAUGAAGUCGCACGCUGAGACGGACGACUAUCGAUACUUUGACCCCAAGAUGCUGCGCGGCAGCGAAAGUUCCAUUCCCAGGAACAAGAACCCUUUUCACGAGGCGAUCGUUUUCGUGGUGGGAGGAGGAAACUACAUCGAGUACCAGAACCUGGUGGACUACACCAAAUCAAAAGCGGGCAAGAAGAUCGUUUACGGCUGCAGUGAACUCUUCAACGCAUCGCAAUUCAUCAAACAACUCUCCCAGUUGGGCCAAAAGUGAGGAAGUGGACGGAUGCGGACGAAAACUUCUUAACGUGUUUCCUGUCAGCGUGAAUACAUUUGACCAGUACAACCAGCCCCUUUUUUUUUUUUUUUUUUGGUAGUUUAAAAAAAAUAACUUCUGUCAAUCAAAAACAGACGCACACACCCCUCGUGCCGUGUUGCCAUAAUAAACUUUGAGCUACA